AUCUCUCUCUAUUUCUCUCUCUCUUACUGUCCUUCUCUCCGUCUCAGUGUGUGUACGUAUAAAAAGCGUCUCAGAGCUUUCACCUCAAUCUGAGCUCUCUGUGGCUUUGCGGGGCAGGCGGGCGCAGGACUCGGGCACGCCACCAAAGGGCAUCCCUCUGAGCCAAUUCUUUGACCUUCCCUCUCUGCUCUCCUCCCCACACCCCCCAGUUCCUUCUCCUCCCUCCGAUGUGUCGUGGGUUUCCCCCCUCUCCUCCUCACCCUUCCUCUCACUGAACGUCUUCGCUCUGCCUAGACGGUGGCUGCAUCGAAGCGAAAUGGGUUGUGGCAAUUCCUCAGCCACCAGCACCUCAGGAGGGGGGCCAGCAGAAGCCUCCAAAGAUGUGACAGAAGACCCCUUGGCAGACGAUGAGAAAAGAAGGAAUUAUGGUGGUGUGUAUGUGGGUCUGCCUGCGGACCUGACCGCAGUAGCUGCUAGUCAGUCCAAAUCCACACGCAAAGACUAGCAGCUACAGAAUGGAGUUCAAAACAGGACCCUACAGCUGAGUCACCCAGAGACUGUCACGUUACAAGCAGACAACAUCUCGCCGCUCUGAUUCUGCUUGAAAAUGGACUAAAUAAGGACUUUCAGAGUCACACUGAGCAAAAGACAGGAACUAGCAGAGCGGCAGAAGGUGGAGCGAUGUUUGGAUGCGUGCGGCUUCAGUCACCGCCCUUUAUCCUUGAGAGCAAAAGACAAAGAAAGAGGAAUCCCAGACAGGCGCCCCACGCUACGAGGAGCAGCUGAAGGUGGUAUCAAUGGACCCCCGUCCCCUCAGGAAAUGAUGGAGGAUACAGCCAACUUCACAACUGAAUGUGUGGGAAUCACAUAAUCUCCCCAAACUCCCUUGGCAAUAAUACUUUCUGCUAAUUCUAUCACGACAGAGCAUAAAUGCUUAAUUGCAAAGUCGACUGAACCACUGGUGAUGAGAAUAGAAUUUAUUGCAAUCAAGGACCCGCUGCUGCAUCAGGAAAGAGAUGUUAUUCUCAAUAAUCGCUCUCAGAGCUGAAAUGAAGCUUGUAAUUCACGAUGCGGAACAAUUUUAUGUAUCUGUUGUGCUUAUUCUCCCUUCAGCAUCAUGAUUUGUGUUUUUUUUUGGGGGGGGGGUUUGUAAGCUCAGAAUAUAGUACCUUUAAAGCCACAAACGGGAGAUUUUCUUAAAGUUUUCAUAAGCUGAACUGUCAGCUUUUUUUCCCCUCACAUCACAGCAUAAAUGUAGAUUUACCAAAACAGCUUAAUCUGGGAAGAGAUUGAAAGGAAGCAGCUUAAGAGGAAGCAUAGAAAUGGUUCUUCAAUCCUCCCCACCUCCCCACAUACUAUGUAACUGAACUCCAUGUUGUUAAGUCAGUGUGUAAUCUUUGGACGAAAAUCUGUGUUGAAUUGUGCAAUUUUCUUUCUGUCAACAACCACCACAAGAAAAGAUGAAAAAGCAGUUUUCAUUGAAGUACAGCUUAUAUCGUGAUAUUUACUGUGCCUUGCGGAGACGUUCCCAACCCCUUAAAGGUCUUCACGUUUUGUCACGUUGCCACAAACACCAGUGGAUUUCAUUGAGAUUUCCUGGGAUUAUCCAACACAAAGUGUUGCACUGUUACAAAAAAAAAAAAAAAAAUCAUUCAUGGUUUUCAAGUCCUUUUAUAGAUUAAAACUGGAAAAUUAUGUUUUCCAGUCCUAAUAAAACACAUUAAAUUUAAAAUGUGGAAACGAUCGAGACAGGAAUGCUUUAUCGAAGCUUUUUAAACUCUUUGUACCCUUUAUUUUUCCAAAUUAUUGACUACUGAGUCAAAUCAUGUUUUGUUCUGUUAAGCAGCAUGUCAAAAAUGUGCAGAAAUGUUUGAUCAGUAUGGGGGACAAAAAAAAAAAAAAAAAAAAAGAAUCUGGAAAAGAACUCCAGAAGAAUCUAAAGAAAAUCUAUUUUGACUUGCUAGCAGCACAAAUGAGUAAAGAUUUCCAAUGAGGAAAGAUGGAAAUCCAUCUCGUUUGGAUUUGUGUGAUGUAUUUACAGUCUGUACAGGUUCUUUGUACCACGCUCUUUGACUGCUGGGACUUUUUCCAACACCUCAGCAAACUCUGGAUAGGAAGAAGAGAAUAUUGAAAAGGAAUAAACUGAAUGAUUGUU